AUGGCGGCACGGAGCACCCUUAAGAAAACUUGUCGGGUGUCUGGGGCGCCCGUCUCGUCUUUGAAUAUAGCCGAUGAUCCAGCAGCUUAUGUUCCAGCUGGCGGAGUUCCAGCUGAAGUUGUUCCAGCUGAUGAUGUUCCAGCUGCUGAUGUUCUGGCUGAUGCGGUUCCAGCCGAUGCUCCAGCAGCUGAAGUUCCAGCAGAGGAUGUUCUAGCCACUGAUGUUCCAGCACCUGAGGUUCCAGCAGCUGAUGUUCCAGCUGGCGGUGUUCCAGCCGAUUAUGUUCCAGCCGAUGAUGCUCCAGUUGAGGAUGUACCAACUGAUGCUGUUCCAGCCAUCGAUGUUCCAGCUGCUGACGUUCCUGCUGCAGAUGAUCUAGCCGCCGUUGCUCUAGCGGCUCAGGUUCCAGCCGAUGCUCCAGCAGCUAAUGCUCCAGCCGCCGAUGUUCCAGCUGCUGAUCUUCCAGCUGAUGAGGUUCUAGCUGAAUAG